GGGGCCAUGUCUCUCUCUGUGCUGACAAUCCCCCUCCCCACAGUGCCGCGAUGCUGCUCGCCGGGUUGGCCAUGGUGCUGGCGCUGCUGUUCUGGGCCUGGCGCUGCCGCCCGGGGGGCGCGGGAUGCUGGGGGGCCCGGCGGCGGCCCUGGGGGCUCGUUCUCUGGCACUGGCUGGCGCUGCGGGUGCUGGGCCGGGCCGUGGGCUGGCAGCGCCGGCACCUGGAGCAGGCGUCCAAGGACGUGCGGCGGAGCCAGGAGCGCCUCCUGCUGCGGCUGCUGGGGGGAGCCGGGGCCGCGGAGCCAGACUCGGCCGUGUUCCGGGCGCGUCGCCCCCUGGCAGAGCGCGGCUCCAACGGGGCCGAGACCCCUGCCCACCCGGCACUGCCGACGGGGGCCUGGGCUCUGCUUCGGAGCAGCUGCACCGCGGACUCCCCCCUGCAGGGGCCCGUGUUGUACCUGGACGUCCUGAGCAGAGUCUUCCCGGAGGCCCUGAGCCCGCAGGGCACUGCCCGCUUCUCCUGGGCCCGGGGAUGCUCCCUGCCGGCCGCAGCCUGGCCGCUGCCCACCCUGUACUGCACUCCGGAGGAGGCGGGCACGGUGCCCUCGCGCGCCGCGGCCCUGUAUGUGCAGCUGUUGUUUGCCCUGCGGGAGCGGGAGCUGCGGGCGCUGGAGGCCGGGCUGGUCUCGGAGCUGUACGAUGCCCUGGGCGUGCUGCGCGCCAGCUGGGAGGGCCUGGCUCAGGACCUGGCCUUGGGGAGGCUGAGUUCCCGUCUGGAGCUGCCUGAGGGGACCCGGCGCCGGCUGGAGCAGCUGCUGGCGCCCGACGCGGCGCGGGCGGCGGAGCUGAGGGCAGAGUGCGCCAGGGGCUGGGACGGCGUCGCCCGGCGCCUGUGGCCGCGGCUCCAGGUGGUGGUGGCGGCAGAGCCCGGUGGCGAGCAGCUCUACGGGGAGGCCCUGCGGGAGUCGGAGUGCCAGGGCCUCCCCCUCUACUGCCCCUUCUACGGCGCCGCAGGAGCUCUGCUCGGGGUGAACCUGUGGCCGGAGCAGCCCGACUCCCGCUACCUGCUGUGCCCAGACUGGGCUUUCUGCGAGUUCCUGCCGGCGGGGCCGGGCGCUGAGGGGCCCCCGGGGACCGUGCUGCUGGCGGACGUGCAGGCGGGCCCGGAGUAUGAGCUGGUGCUGACGGCCCAGGCUGGAUUGUCCAGGUGCCGCGUCGGGGAGGUGCUGAAGGUGGCUGAAUUCCACAACCAGUGCCCCGUGGUGGAGCUCGUGCGCAGGCUGAGCCAGACCCUGAGCGUGCGUGGGGAAGGCGUCCCCGAGGAGCGCUUCUACCAGAGCCUGCGUCGCGCCGUGGCCAUGUGGCCGGGAGCCCGGCUGGUCGAUUACGUCUGCGCAGAGAGCAGCCUUCUGGGUGCCUCCUCCGGGGUCUGCGCCCCCCAUUACCAGGUGUUCGUGGAGCUGCGGGGCGUGCGUGAUCUGUCGGAGGUGCAGCGCUAUAAGCUGGAUCAGUGUCUCCAGGAGGAUUUUCCGGUCUACAAAACCUUCCGCUUAAAGGGCAGCAUUGGGCCGGUGCGGCUGCACCUGGUGGCGGCCGGGGCCUUCAGGGAGCUGCGGGAUGCUGCGGGCUCCCCGGGCCCCAUGGCCAGAGUCCUGAGGGAGAAGCGCCUGCUGCACUUCAUCCAGAGAAGAGUCAUCUCGUGAGGCCGGCCAGCCCUGCGGUGCCGUUGGCCCAGCGUGCCCUCGCUCGGGCUCUGCUUGUGCUGCCGCUCGCAGGGGGGCAGGGAGGGUCCCUGGUGUGGGGCAGGAGGCUGGGGAGGUCCCUUGGGGCGGCUCCCCGUCUGGCAGAGACUGCCCGCAGAGCUGGUGGGAGGCAUGCACAGCGUUUCAUGGUGCUACCGCAGGCGGGGGGACCCUGUUGGCGCGCUGCAUCCUGCGUGGCCUCCCCGUCACAGAGCGCGCUGUGGGGAGCCGCAGGCCCCCGCCUGCAGCCCAAGGGCACGGGGCAGAGUGGAGAAGUUGCCUGAUCCCGCCCCUGAGACCUGCCAGCUCCCUGCGUUCGGGGCCCGACCUGCUGGCGAUGCUGUGCCCUGUCGGGGAGCGGCUCGUCCACCAGAUGGCGCCAGCGUCAAGUUCACCGCCCAGCUUGGCGCCAGGUGCUGGCUGUUUGGAGACCCAGCCCCUGGCAUGGGGAGAAGCAGGGCUGGCUGCCCUGUGCCCCCAAGUGGGGAAGGAGGUUUGCCCGGGGCAGGGGGUUGAAGAGGUUGAGGCGGCUGGUGAGAUCAGGGCUGAUCGCUAAAGGGCAGCAGCUGCCCCUUCCCCAGAGUCUGCGCUGCGGGCAGCAGGGCAGCGCAGGGCUGGUCUCCCCAUGGCGCCGCUUGGGGGCUGCGGCUCAGAGGGGCCCGGAGCCUCUGGGGCAGAGCCAGGAAUCGAACCCCGGCGAAUGCUCCGACCAUUGCACCCUACUUCCUCCGUCAACGGAGCAGCACGAGGGCUGGCUGGCUGCAGAAGAAGCUGGAGUCUCUCCUCUCCCGCGGCUGUGUGACUGUGAUCCUUCCUGACACGUUUAUUACCAGGCGUUCUGCUUGUGCCUUUUGCCCCAGGCUCUGCCUCUGCAGCACCCUGGGAAUGCAGCCACCUCUGGGGUGCAAGGUGGUGGCUGCAGAAGGGAGGCCAAAGACAUGGGGGAACCACCCCUGGAUCCUGGGGCCCGCACGGCGCUGACAGGCCCUUGGUUUGCAGGGUUGGGAACCAAAUCGCUCUGCUCCGUGGAGCUGAGCUGGGGCUGCUGGGAGCUGCAGGGCAGGUAUGGAUGUCGCACCUGGUGCUUACUAACCUGCCCCCUGGCUUGAAGCUCCCGGCUGUGGUGUCCUACAUUGUGCCAGCAGCCUGGGGCACGGCGUGUGGGAUCUGCUCCUGCGCUUGUGUGGCCCUGCGGGGCAGGGGCUGGGGCUGGGGCUGGCGCUUGGGAGGUCGAGAUCGCCGGCAGCCCGUAAGCUGCUCUGCAGCACGUGCCUCCGGUUUAUGAAACAAUGGGCGGGG